AGGUGGGAUCGAGGAGGUUAAUCGGCACCGGUGUCCAGGGAAAGAUAACAACACGCACAGCCGCGGGGCUGACAGCUGAGAUGCACCCAGCCUGGCUCGCUGUCGUCUGCAGGAAAGGGAGGAUUCAAUUCAUCGUAUUCACUCUCAAAUUGAUUGAGGGUGAGAUGGGAAUUAUUUUCACGAGGUUGUUUUCUUCACUAUUCGGGAACAAGGAAGGUCGGAUUCUUGUGUUGGGCCUCGACAAUGCCAGAAAGACCACCAUUCUUUCUAUUGGUUUUCGCAGAUCGACUUUAGAUGGGAGAAGUAGUGUCUACUAUUCCAACUAUUGGGUUCAAUGUGGAAACAGUGCAAUAUAACAACAUAAAGUUCCAAGUUUGGGAUUUAGGUGAGUUUAUCAUCCUUAAUAGAAUUGGGAUUGUUUUCAAAGUUUUUUGGCUUUCAGGAUCCUUGCUGUUUGACUUGGACUUAUGAAUUUGUUUAUUUUCAUAUGGGGUUCAUCAUUUUAAUUUG